UAAUAACAAUAAUAACAAUAAUAACAAUAAUAAUCACCUCCAGCUCCCCAGGCUAUGCCCCACAGGCCUUCAUCCUCCAGCUCGCUCCCCAAUCUGAACUCGAAGGUGAAGUCCAACUCCAGCUCAGCCCCUCGACAAGAGCAACCUGCUGGCGGUUUUGAUAGUACCCCUGUCCCCGCCGCACCUCCAGGUUUCACCCUCAAGUUCACAUUCCACCGCGCCUCCAACCUCCCGAUUGCUGACAUCAGCACAUUGUCCGCGGACCCUUUCGUCCUCGCCUAUCUUACCUCUACUCUUCCUCGCCGCAACAAACAGGAUCCCGAUCUCGUAUUUCGCACUCCGACUGUUUCUAGGAGUGUUGAACCUGUUUGGAACUGCGACUGGAUUGUUGCCAAUGUCCCUGCUUCUGGCUUUGAGCUGAAAUGCCGCAUCUACGAUGAAGACCCUGUCAAUAGCGAUGACAAGCUCGGAAAUGUCAAAAUAUCCGUCCCGUCCAUCAAUGAAUCGUGGCCUGGAAUCACUGAGCAGCCCUACAAGGUGCAGAAGCGCACGGCCAGCAAGCGGGCCUACUUCAUGCGGUCUUUAGGCGUGGUCUUCUUGAGGAACAAACACAUGAACGCAACUUUGUACAUGAGCGUUCAAUGCCUUGGUAGGACCCCCGGCGAUGAGGGAGGUAGAAUGUAUACCAUCGGCCCUCUCCACUGGAGUAAGCAUUUUUCGCCCUUGAUCGGGAGGCUUGCUGGCACCAUGGAUUCUGCCCCGGUCCAAGAUGGCAAGAAGCCGGUCACCAGAUAUAAUUUCCAGGCUAUCCAGAUUCAGCUGAAAGGCCCAGUACCCGCCUCCCUAUAUCAUCGAUAUGUCGAAUUCAAACCUUUUGUCAAAGGCAUGUUCACGGCGCGAAGUCUUCGUGGUCGCAUUCUAAACCAUGCUCUCCAUCAGCAGCAUGUAAGGAUCUACAAUUUCGAUAGGUCCACUGUCUAUGGUGUAUAUCCCACUCCAUCACACGAAUUCACCCAAAAAUUUCUCGAAUUCGUCCACUACGACAUGGACGGGAGAAUAUUCACCUACGUGAUUACUCUGGACGGCCAAUGGCGCUUUACUGAAACAGGCACCGAAUUCGGCAUAAACAUGCUCAGCAAACACACCAUGCACAGCAACGUUUCGAUAUACAUUGCCUUUGCCGGUGAAUUCUUUGUACGACGUCGUUCACAACCUGCUGGGAAACCGCGGAGCAGAUCUCCUCCCCCAAGGUCAAAAAGUGAUUCUAUACGCCAAAUAGAUGUAUCACCAGGCGACAGCGAGGCUUCCGCACCCGCAUCAACUGAUCCAGCUGUGUAUGAGCUUGUAAUUGAUAAUGAUAGCGGCACAUACCGUCCCAAUGCCAAACUGCUUCCCGAGCUGAAAGAAUUUUUAUCCAUGAACCUCCCUGGUUUAGAGGUGACGACCUUUGACUGCCAGGAAGAUGCAAAGCUGUUAGACAAACUAAAGGAAGGGCAGCGACACCGUAAAACAAGAAGCGGUCGGCAAAUGACCUACCUUCAACGUGUGAUCUCACUUUCGUCGAUUUCAUCUUCUGACGAGGAAGACCUCGACGAGUAUUUUUGGCACUCGUCUGGCGCAGCAAGUGCACCAGCCACACCUCUAAAGCGCUUGCGACGAAUGGCAAAGCCCAAGGCGCAGUUGAUUAACUGGGCGGAAAGAGCAGGCGAAAAAAGAGGAGAAACAGCAAAUCAUUAAUUCAUGAAGAUAUCAGACAAACCAGAAUGGAGAAUUUGGGCUAGGGGCGAUGGAAUUAAAGUAUUGUUUUCGAGGAAUGGCAAUCAAUUGUUUACUUAUUUGUCAUUUCUUCGCUCUCAGAGAGCCUUACCACUUUGUCUACGUACACACACUCAAUGUUAUACAUUAUUUAAUACCUAACUCAUACACUAUGAUAGUUAUACGCUAGAAACGGUCGUGUAGUAUUCAUUGUGAGGUGCGCACGAAAGCUUAAUCUGCC